AUGUCCGGCCCAGACCAUCCCCCCAGCCCGCCAAACUCAAGAGGCACGAUCCCGAAACCAUCACCAGGCGGGCCCAGCUCGACGGCCAACCAGCUCAUGGACCACCUGCAGAAGCAGCUCAAGGAGGAGGGCGACACGGUGUCGGUGUCGGGCCACUCGACGCACUCGACGACGAGCAGCAGCGGGCGGCGGCGGCGGCGGCGCAACAAGAACGCCCUGGCCAAGGCCAACGGCCCCGGCGGCGCCCACUCGCUGCUCGGGCUGGACGGCGGGUCGUCCGGGAUCGGGCCGAUGAUACCGAAGCCGGCGACGACUGGGGACGGCAAGACGCCCAAGCUCAAGAUCGACCUGAACCUGGACGUGAAUUUGGAGUUGAAGGCGCAGCUGAAGGGGGAUCUGUGCCUGAGCCUGGUGGUCGAGGACAAGUACUCGGACCGCGCGAGCCCGGAGAUGAAGAUGCCCAGGGAGGGCGAGCACGUAACGACGGAGCUCUUCUACAUGCGGGUGGGCAGGCUGCGGUUCCGGCGCACCUGGGUCGACGAGCGGGCCUUCAUGCGCGGCCAGUUCUUCCUCACGGCGCUGUCGGCGGCGACCCUGCUCCUGGCCGGCUUCCUGCUGGGCCUGUCCGCCUCGGAGUACAUGCACGGCGUGCCGUACCGGCACCAGCAAUACAUGGGCGGGGGCCUGGUGGUGUCGUCGUCGUCAUCAUCGUGGGCGGGCGGUGAUGUUGAUGUGAAUCUUUGUGACUGUGAUAUAGACGCGGCGUUGGGGGCGGUUGGGAACACGACGACACUGCUAAGUUGA